UAUGUAUACUCGACGAUGCAAUGUUACAGGCAACAGCUUCCAGUGAGUGAUUUAUUCAAAUGCCGGCAAGUAUGCCUCUCAUUUGCAUUGUACUGUAAGCUCCGAGUCCUUUGCGCAGGUUACGUCAAGCAAAGAUGCGUCUCGUCUCAUUCCUAGCGUCUUGUUGGGCAGUCUAUUCCUCCUUUCUGCUUUCUGAAGCCGGUCCUUCCUCCGGGCUUGAGGUCUUCGAAGAGUUGCAGAGCAUCCCGACGUCAUGGGUUAUAGAUGGCGAACCGUCACCUUCUGAGCUCGUCUUAUAUCGAAUCGCCAUCCGCCAGGAUGAGACACAAGCCCGGUUCCAGCAGCAUGUUAUCGACAUCUCAACCCCGGAACACGCUUCUUACGGCCAACACUUGGAUUAUGAUGAUUUGACUUCGUUCCUGAGCCCGGCACGUCAUGUCUCCAGCAAUAUCAGGAGUUGGUUGGUGGCAGCUGGAGUUUCAGAGAGCAAUAUCCAAGUUGACAAGGACUGGAUCAAUUUUGUGGCUCCCAUUGACCUCGCGGAGAAUAUGUUGAACACCCGCUUCUACUACUUUCGCCAUCCAGCAACCAACACCAAAAGGCUGAGAACACUCGAAUACUCUCUGCCGCCCGAUCUCCAUGAGCACAUCCAGAUGGUGCAUCCUACCAUCCACUUUGGCCAUCCGGAACCGCAUGUUCGAUCCGCAGCCUACAGCGCUGAUGACGAUGCCGACGACGAACCCAUACCAAAAUACGGAUCGGCCACACAACUCAACGCCACCUACUGCAAUGAGACCGUGUCCAUGGACUGUCUCCGAGCAUUGUACGGCGUUGGUGACUUCCGAGCCAACCGUACGUCGGGCGCAAAGCUGGGAAUAUCAGGCUUCGCCCAGUCCCACAUUGAUUAUCACGAUCUGGCACUAUUCGUCGACAAAUGGGCACCGUAUGCCAAAGGUGCCAACUUCAGCGUGGUUUCUAUCAACGGCGGCAACAAUACGCAAAACGACACGGAAAACUCUGGCACAGAGGCUUCAAUGGACAUCGAACUAGGUCUGACCCUCGCUUACAAUACUCCAGUAACAUUCUACACCACCGGCGGACGGGGCCCGCUGAUUCCCGAUCUACAGCAGCCAUACGCCAACACGAGCGUCCAAGAACCGUGGCUGGAACACCUUCAAUUCUUGGUCAAGCUUCCAGACAAAGACCUGCCGAACGUGCUGAGUAUAUCCUACGGAGAAGACGAACAGUCUCUUCCAGCGUCGUACACCAAGACGGUCUGUAACCUGUUCUCUCAGCUUGCGGGACGCGGCGUGUCGGUCAUUACUUCGAGUGGCGACGGCGGUCCAGGAGACGGCUGCAUCACCAACGACGGCAAGAACACUACACGCUUCAUGCCGCAAUUUCCCUCCUCUUGUCCGUGGGUCACGUCCGUUGGAGGAACGUAUGGCGUCGAGCCAGAAAAGGCCGUGGUCCUCAGUGGCGGCGGCUUUUCCGACCGCUUCGCUCGGCCGUCCUGGCAGGACGACGCAGUCAAGAAAUACCUCUCCAAAAUCGGCGGCACCUUCGAGGGUCUGUAUAAUGUUUCGGGGCGGGGGAUCCCUGACGUCGCUGCGCAAGGUUGGGUCAACCAUCCGACAUUCUACCUUGGCUAUGAGUUCAUGAACGGUGGGACCAGGUGCGUAGUCCGGGCCCCGUGUUGCUCUUGUUAUACACCCUGUGGACAACCCUUCAGUCAGCAACUUUAUACUGACACCAGACUGUUGUUGAAACUGAACAGCGCAUCCACACCUACAUUUGCCGCGAUCAUCGCAAAUUUGAACUCCAUACGCAUGUCGAAGGGCAAGAGGCCGUUGGGCUUUCUCAACCCGUGGCUGUAUGACAAAGCCCGCUCUGGGCUGACGGACAUCACGUCGGGAGGAUCACGAGGCUGUUACAACGAGAGCCUGAGUGGGUUUCCAUCUCCGGAGGUAAUUGGUGCUGGUUGGAACGCGACCGUCGGUUGGGAUCCUGUUACUGGUCUUGGGACCCCCUUGUUCCAAAAGCUCCGGACGUUGAUGGAUUGAUGUGUCGACAUGGCCGAUGACACGACGGCUCCGAAGUGGAGAAAAGCAUAAGUAUAAGCAUAAGCAUAGGUCCAGAGUAAACAUACAAGAUCUCCGCAUAAAUGGUUUGACAUUCAUUGCAUUGCGAAUGGAGAUUCACGUCCUGCCGACUGCCCUCACGAAGCUGAAGUCAUUGAGAAUGCUAUUCUGAGGACACCUGUGAGAUAACCAAACCAUCAUACAUGUUAGCCCAGACCGAGUUCUCAAGGGUAUGGCUCGUGGUCAAUGUCAAACUUAUUUGCCCCUUCAUGAACCAGCUUUGACCAGUCGUGCCCCUGGACCUGACAAUUCUCGGCGCAUUGCAUCCUUCGUCAUCAGAACCACCCUUCUCCCAAGAAGAACAGGUAUAGGUCGUGGGCCAGUAGGCACCCAACAAAAUACCAGAAGUUACUGCGGAGGUGUAUCUCGACUCCGUCCAUGGAUGAACCUGCAUUGCUCGAAGCCGAGGUCGAUGCAGGCGGCGAUGUACUUAAUGAUCUCGUUGGCGAGGACAUUAUGGAGGACAAUCCCGUGACGAGUAUGGCUGUUGUGGAAGUCUCGUCCGUCCUGAAAGUGACGACCUUGGUGGAAUAGCUGGUGGAGGCGCCAUCAGUGCUGCCUGGAAGAGUUGGAAAAGGCGACGGCGAGUGGGCAGUAGCAGUGUAGUUCGAGGUGAAAGCUGAGAUCAAGGAGUCAGGGGAAAUAUGGGAUCCUUCCGUCACUUUGCCAGCGGUCGUGGUGUCGGUGGAAAUAGUCGACUCAAACUGCGCGCAUGGCGCUACGGUUGCACCAUAAGCUGUGCUCCAGGUAGAAGUCCCCUAGCAAGACACUCACGUUAGC